AUGAAGAUAAUUCAAUGGCAUAUAAUACUGGGGUGUAUUUUAUGGAGUAUUUACAUGCACUCAACAGAAGGGCUUGCCACCAAGCCAAUAGCCCCACAAAACGCUCAUUUAUCACAUACCAAUAGCCAAUUGGAUGACAGUCCCAGACUAUCUUCGGCUCUAGCUUUCCUAUCCAAAUUUGUCCACCGUAUUGCAGAAGCAAAGGCAAUGCCCUCGCUCAGAAUAUCGUCUUCUGUAGCCACAGGGUCUAAUAAUUCCACAGACGCUAAUAAUGCCUCAGAUGCUAAGAAUACCACUCAGUCUAAUAAUGCCACACAAUCUACUACAAAGCCUGCUCCUAAAUCUGCACAGUCAAGCAGCUCUCCCCCUAAGAGCAAUCCACCACCAACCUCACCCACUUUUUCUGUUGCACAAAUACACGCAGAUAUGGUUUCAAUUGUAGACAAGCCACUAUCGACAGACUAUUUCGAUCCUUCUGCACCCAUAGUUGCCGAAAGUUUUAUUCAUAACGAUGGUAUACCCAUGUGUUAUAGACACAGAAGAAAAGUUGAGUUUAGUCAAUUUUGGAUCCCAAAAGAGGAUGAGUGGGACGAGACAAACAAUGGUGUUCGGGUGUAUUUAAAUGGAGGGCCUGAAAUCCAUCUCAAGGAUUCCAAAAACAAUGUUCUUGGAUCAGUAUCUGCAACCAUGUGGAAUAGAUGUAACAUGGAAGGCACGUGUUUAUUGAAGAAUGGUGAUUUGGUUAACCUUGGUCAAGAACUUGGCACAUUUGAUAUAAUCGGACACUCUGGUCGUAAACAAAACCUCUUUGGGCUGGGCUCAGGGCCACAAAACCUCGUUCCUUUUGUGAGCGUAGCUUCAAACGAUCUUCCUUAUGGACAAACACUCUACAUGCCUGAUCUAGAUGGUUUAGAUCUAGGUACGGGAAAGACUCACAACGGAUGCGUGCGUGUGGACGACACUGGAUGGUCUUUUGACGGUUGUCAGCUUGAUCUUUUUGUGGUGUCCUACGUAGAUUAUCUGUGGCUAGGAUUACCUGAGCGUGCUCAUGUUCAUGUUGUAGACUGCGAAGUAAAGAAUUAUGUGACACCAGCACAUUUGAGUUAUGUCAAGGCCAAUGCGGAUCAAUCUACUGUUGAUUCUGCUACGGAAGACCACUCGCCUGAUUAUUAA